GAAGUAUCCAAUAUUAUGGGACUGUGGAAACGACCUGUACACAAGUACAGACUUAAAGCCAGAAGCCUGGAUGAAAGUGGUGGAGCUGGUCGGACCACCGGUGACAGGUUAGUUUCCAAAGUCUUGUCCUUGUUUCGAGUUCUAACGUUCUUAUGUAGUGCAAUGUGAAUGCUUAUUCACGUGUUUUUGUGUCUGACAAGCCCCUGUGUAGCUUUAAAGUAAUGACGUAUCACUAAAUAUUUGUAUUUGCUGGCGCUAUCUUUCCAGAGGAGUGGGCUGCUAAGAGGUGGAAAUCAAUGAAAGAUACUUUCCAUGAUAAUCACAGAAGAGUGAGAGAGUCAAAAGGAAGUGGCGUCAGUACUAAUGAAAUUGUUAAGCCAACGUGGUACUUGGAUAAGUAUUUGACGUAUUUGAUAAAAACCUGUGCGCAGGCAAAAUCAUCCUCUAACUUAAAUGUGCCACAACCCGAACAAAGCACUCAGCAGCUGCUUGUUAACAUGCACUACGACCAAUCACUGCAGAGGUGGAUUUAUAUACCUAGUGAAACAGACGAAGCAAAUGAAAAUGAGCCGAGCAUAAUAGGAAUGGGAAACGACCUGAAUGAAAGUACAAGCUCUACUGUUAGUUUGGGGCCAAGUUCUGCAACUUCAAUGUUCAAUUUGGGGUCCAUGGUUCCUAGCGCCCUGCCUCAGCUCGCAAGCACACCAAGACCAUCUUCGUGUCCUCCUGCUCCUGAACAAAAGAAGCGAGGAGCAGAUGAUGACGAUGAACAUUUUUUCAACAAAAAAGGUUCAUCAAAGAAAAACAGUAAUAAUCUUCUAGCAGCAGCCGUACAUGCAAUGGAAAAAAUUGCGAAGGAGGAUCCAGUUCCCAUUCCUCCCUUCCAAGCUCCAAUAAGUACGGGUGAGAAAAUUCUGGAGAAGUUCCCUAUUUUCAGGUUUGUGGCGGAACGCUUAAAUGGAGUAGAUGAUGAAACUAAGAAGCGAUUUGAAAAUGAGCUACUGCAACUGUUACUGAAAUAUUGAUGUGUUGCAAUAUUUUAUCAUAACCAUUACUACCUCAUGUACUAUUAUAUUGAUUUAAUCACAUACGUCCAUUUUUUUGUAUUCAGUAUUACAUAAUCUCUUCUCA